CGCGACGAGAAACAGAAAGAAUCGUAACCGUUGUGUGUCAGUCGUGACAAUACAGAGAACACAUUCAGUCAGGUAAGGAGAAGAUGAGGUUUCCACGAACGUUUCGUCAUCAGAUUAUUUUGCCGUGUUGUUUGCUUUUCUUACUGGUCUGGACAUUGAAGGAUGAAAGUUACUGGAAAUGGAUUGCAUUACCAGGAGAAAAGGCUCUAAACGUUAAACGACCAUCAAACCUGCGGCCGAGGGCAAACAGAUUAGAUUCAGCCGUUUGCACGGGAGACCUUCUCGAUCAGCGUCACCAUCAUUUUGAGAAAGAAACUGAUGGCAGUUAUCGAUUCACAUCUGAUCAGAGUGAACCGUGUCGACUUGUCUGGUACACGACUGAACGCAUAGUCUCGUGCUUUGAUUCACUUCGUUAUGCAAAAUGGCCGGACGGAAGUUUGAGCGAGCGCAGCAACAACUCGCUACACUUUCUCUUUAUGGGUGACUCGAGAAUUCGCCAACAGUUUUACAACUUUGCUGCGUUGAUUCCAGACUACGAUCAAAUAAGGCAGCCCAUUCAACUUUCAUCAGGGUCUCACGAUAACAUUGAAAUCACGAGCAACAUCCUCAAUCUGCGAUUGUCGUUCAAAUGGCGACACCUCCUUGAUGACAAUGUCAUCGACACAGUUCGUCGAUUGGCAACUUCUGACUCAUCUGAACGACCUCAUCUCCUUUUUUUCAGUAUAGUAGUACAUCACAUGUUGGGAAUCCACGGCGCCGAUCAUCGACUUUACGAGGAACAGUUUAAAAAAUUAGCUCCAGAGCUAGGCCGGUUAGCGAAUGUUUCUCAAGUGAUCUUGUUCAAUCAGUAUCCAGUUGAGGAAUUACAAGAGAAAAAUUACGACAUCAACACUUACAUUCAUUCAGGGAAGAUCGACAACUACAACAAGGCCAUUCGACGUCUGUUAGAGAAUGAAAGCAGUCGUAUCCGCAUAUGGGAUUCGAGUGAUCCGUUGGCAGAAGAGUACGUCCGCUCGUGUGUCGUUCUAGAACGCGAUGAGGUCUUUUACGCCGGUCAUCGCCCCUACCUGUCCAAAGAUACUGCCUUCGCAGAUUGCAACGACUUUAUCCACACGGGUUAUUCAGCUCUUUCAGAAGCCACUAAUCUUUUGUAUAAUGACAUCUGCAAUAAUGUGAUGGAUUGGACCCAGUGAUCCUGAAUUUUUCUCAGCUUAUCGAUUCACCACGCCUUCUGUAAUCAAUCAACAGGUUAUUCACUUGCCCGGAACAAAAAUGUAACCUAAAAUUUGGUUUUAUAAACUUUUAUUUUAGAAAUUGAA